CACUAGCCAGUCGCUCGUCCAGACUUACCGGUCGCCGGUCGCGCUGUGCUAGUACCGCCAGCUCACCUGUUUCAGUUACGCAACAUCCAUACAGUGCUUGUGUUCAUAAUUGUAGUGUUUCAACAUCUUCCAAGCUGAAAUCACGUGGAACACGAAGCAGGAGAUCCUGAAAACCUGUGUACCCCGUCUAACCGAUACACACUGCGGCAUCAUAAAGGCAUCCGAAGUUUUAACAUCAAGAAUCCUUUAAGAAACUGCCGUGCCUUGUACUAGAGAUCCGAUUUGGAUUUCAACUCUGAAGUUUGACAGAGCCGCAAACCUUGUGACAAGUAUUGACUGGGAAGCAUCAGAACAACUUGUCGGCAGGUGAGAAGACGACAAGUCCAUUUCGGAGCUAAGGUGGAGUGUCCACGGCGCUGUCGAUGCGAUAGGGACGCUUUGUGUGCUCGUGGUUAGCGUGUUAGGGACAUCUCGGUCUGCAGCCCAUGCUACCUUCUCAGCCCAGCACAGGCUCCAGCAAAUGCAUACGCAAUGAGAAGUAGUGACGGCAGGAAGACAUCUUGGCCUAAGGGCGCUGCCAGUGUGGGGUCUGUCGUCGGCAGAGAAGACGACAGUUGCGGCGUAGGAACGCGGCGUCCCGACGCCGCAUGGUGCUAAUGACGAUGGCCGAGACCCAGGUUGAACCUGCGACAAGUACAACACCCUCGACAACAACACGCAAUCUCGUAGAGUCAGAUCAGCGACAUGGAGACAAGAAAGUCAGCAACAAUAACCACCCACACGCCACAAACAACAACCACAGGAACAACAAGCAAAGGAAGAGAAAACGUCUCAACCAGGUGGUAGACAAACUUGCUACUCAGAUUUCAUGUUCGGGGCAGCCGCCCCUUAAUAACAACUUCCACCACCACAACAACAAUAACAAUCACAUUGAUCAAGAUGAGCUCAGAGCACCGUCACAUGUUCUGAAGACAUCGAAACACAUGUUCAGUGGUCGCCAGUCCGAGGGUCAGGAGGAGGCCGGACGAGACAUGGCGCCCCACGGCGAUGUGUUCCGGUUUGACAGUGCGGACAGAGAGCGCUAUCAUUAUGGCGCCAUCUCGGAGGAGGACGAAGUGGAGGAUGUGUUUAGUCCUGCGUCCUCGUCAAAUAAGUCGCCACACAGCUCCACAACAGACUCUCCCAAAAUCAAUAUCAGCCCACUAAGGAUUAAAGACAGUAGCAUUGAAGAGGAACUGGACGGUGGGAACAGCUGCACCCCUCCACCCCCACGGUUACAGGUCUGCAAGUACGUCGAUCCCUCUGCAGAAGACGAGAUCCAGCACUGCAGCCCUCGCCCUCGAUAUUCAGGGUAUCCCUGUUCGUUAUGCCCGACUGCAAGUGGCCUCUUACCGCAUGCCCAAGACAGAUUCUUCUCGCAUUCACCUGUUUCCCCACAAACCCCCAAGUCCCCAGCCGCUACACCUGCCUGCGCUUUCGAACACUACUUACAUGCCAAAUAUGCAGAUCUGUUUCGUCCACGCAGCCACUCGGAUUCAGACCUUCAGAACUGGUUGGAGGCGGGGAGCACAGAGAGGCCGACAGAUCGAGGAGGGAUAGUGCCGAGGCAGCACGGCCGGACCGUGCCUCGUCCUCUUACCUUACAGCAGCUGCCUCAUCACGGGAAGGGGGGCUCGCUGGAAUCGGAGCAUUCCUCGCCUCAAGAUUCGCCUCUGGACCUGUCCAUGAAGGGAAGCCGAGAGCGUGUGGGUAGCAGCACGAGUUCCGAUUCUAUGCCGGCUCCAUCACUGGAACCGCCUCCCGCACUGCAGCUACUGCCCCCGGGGUUCCUUCCGUCGCGGGGAGCCGUCUCCGUGCCGGUCGUUAAGGGUGAUGUAGCAUCGCCCACAACGAAGGAAUCGGUCGCAGAACGCUAUAACUUAGACGUGUCGCCCGUUGUGGAGGAGAUGCCACCGGGACUGGACAUGGCCUACGUGUGUCCGGUGUGCGGACAGAUGUUCAGCUUACACGAUCGGCUGGCCAAGCACAUGGCCUCACGACACAAGAGUCGUCAGCACAGCAAUGAUUCUGCCGCCAAGACGUACCUAUGCGAGGUCUGCAAGCGAUCGUUCGCGCGCAGUGACAUGCUGACUCGACACAUGCGCCUCCACACGGGCGUCAAGCCGUAUACUUGUAGGGUGUGCGGGCAGGUGUUCUCGCGCUCCGAUCAUCUCUCCACACACCAGCGUACACACACGGGCGAGAAGCCGUACAAGUGUCCGCAGUGCCCAUACGCAGCAUGUCGGCGGGACAUGAUCACCCGUCACAUGAGGACUCACACUCGCUAUGAACCGGGGCCCUCAAGCUCCGAAAUUCCGGAGGACCAUGGCAGUACCGCCUCUCCAGACUUUCCGCUUUCUCCCUCUCAGGCGCUUAGCUCAUUGUCCGUGCAUUCGCCGAUGGACACUUCGCCCAUGGACACAUCCAAAGACACUUCGCACAUUUCUCCCAUGGACACGCCCAAAGACACUUCGCCCAUGGACACGCCGAAGGACAGUGACUGAGGUCAAUUAUUGGUUGUGUUCCCUUCGUGGCAUAAAUCGCUGGAACAGAAUCUGAAGCCAGUGAGACAGUUUACCGCUAUGUAUGCCAACUGUACACGUACGAAUGACACCGUUCCUCUUGUUCUCACGUGUGACAGACAGCCACAUGGAGGCUGAAUAAGAUCUGGGAGCAAGAUUAAAUUUAUCAUAAGUACAUUAACCUCUGUCAUGACUUGACUGCCAUCUACGUAGACUACAAACAAGCGAAUUGUAGGUUCACUUAGACAAUGAAGAACGCUCACUGUGGUUCCGUGAGUGUAAUGAUUGAAAUCAUGAGGUUUGUGGCGAGGUUUGCACAUCAACCAAGGAGAUUUCCUUCGCUUAGGAUUGAGUACAUUUAACUCUAUUUAUGGCUGUUGUCUUAUUAAGGUUCCCAAUGUUAUAUGUGGUGGUAUAUGACAAAACAAAAUUGUUGGCCCCUUCCUUUUUGAAUAGAGCAAUUUAUGUGUACGAAAUAUUACCGCCGGUCGGUCUUUGGAAUUGCGGUUUUAACACUGUAUAUAUACAUUUUUGUAAGAAAAAAAAAUGUUAUCAGUCCCAACCGACGCUGUAUCAUAUUAUGCGCAGGAAUUUUUCUUCCUCUUCGGGUUGUCAGUGUAUAGUCACAUUCAUAACUAUGUGGACCACACAAGACACUUUUAUUGUUCUCCUUUUCUAUUUAUCUGCUAUCAUCACUCUCCAUGCCCCCCUCCCCCAAAUUUGCUUGUGAAACAUUGUAAUGAUCAGGAACGUACAGAAAGUGUACAGAUUUGCAUGUAGCGCUUUAGGGAACUACAUCAGGUUCCUUCGUGCUGUAAAUUCACUUUCACUUCUGAACAGUGGCGGCUUCUGUG